UACAUGCUUACGAUUAAUACACGCCAGGCAUGAAUACAAACUUCAGCUGAAAAUCUGAUUAAUGUUCCCAUACAGCUGAUUUAACGUGUGCUGUGCCCUAAUGAGAGCAUUCAGUGCUCUACUCAAAGAACAAACAUGUACAAAGCGUGGUGGUUGAGAUGAUAACGGUCAGCUAUAUUACGGCCUUGCCCACGUCCCGCCAGAUACAGCACCCAACUAAGCUAAACUAAACCAAACCAGUUCCACUGUUGGAUCUAUUAGAGACUUUCCGGUCGGAUAUUACAGUUAUUUUCGUGGCGAAAAUGACAGUGACCUUUGAAGAAACUGGCGCCGGUUGGACAUAUGGCGGCGAGAGGAUCGUCCUUGCCCUCGUCAGUAUCGUGACAGGAUGGUUGUUCCUGCAGCGUUUACUGCGCUCCUCCUAUCGCCUACCUCCGGGACCGUGGAGUGUGCCCGUGCUGGGCUGUAUGCUGUGGAUUGACCACAAAGCGCCCUUUCGCACCUUCUCACAGUGGGCCGAUAAGUACGGGCGUUUCUUCUACGCCCGUCUGGGCAAAAAUCCGGUGUUGGUCAUCAAUGACGCUACCCUAGUGCGAGAAAUAUUUUUCAGCGAUGCCUUCCAGAAACGGCCACAUAUGCCUAGCACCACGCAGCGCCUGAAGGAAACGAACGGCCUGCAUUGCGGUUUGAUUUUCGAUGACGGAGAUUCAUGGAAAGAACACCGGCGCUUCGUACUGCGCACCCUGAAGGACUUUGGCAUGGGUGGGCGGAGCAUCGAGGAGAAGGUAGCGGAAGAGGCGGGAUAUCUACUGGAGCUUCUCCGGGGCACACGGGAGGCGCCCUUCGACAACAAGGUCUUUAUCAGCACCGCCGUGGCCAAUGUCGUCUCCAACGUGGUGGCUAACCAGCGCUACGACGUCAACAACCCUGAAUUUGUGCACCUUCUGAAGGGCAUCGCCCAUCUUUUCCGUUCCAGUUUCACCAAAACCCUCUUAGGUGCCUAUACAGCCCUGAAGGCCAUCCCACCUUUUGACGCCGUUUGGCAGAGCAACCAGUCGGCCAAAGAUACCAUGGCAGCCUUCUUCGGCCGGCAGGUGCAGGAGCACCUGGGCGCUUGGAGGGAGCAUGGCGAGAGCGAUCUCAUCGACGCAUAUAUCACGGCACUGCGGCGGGGGGAAUUUGGGACCUUUGCAGAGCGCCAGCUACUAUAUUUGGUGGAGGAUCUCAUGUUGGCUGGGUACGAGACCACUACCAUCACGUUGCGCUGGGCGUUUCUUCUAAUGUGCGCGUACCCGGAGGUCCAGGAUCGGGUGCAAAAAGAGCUGGAUAGCUGCGUUCCCGCCGGUUCCGGUGCACGCCCUUCCGAGCAGCUCUCCCUGCCCUUCACGGAGGCCGUCUUGGCGGAGGUACACCGCUACGCCAGCAUCGUUCCCUGGGGAGUCGCGCACGUGGUCUCCGCCGACAGCCAGUUGGAGGGUUAUGACGUGCCACGUGGCACCUGGAUCUUGCCCAACCUCUACCAUAUCCAUCACGAUCCCGCACUCUGGGAAGAGCCGCACCAGUUCCGGCCGGAGCGCUUCCUGACAGCGGAUGGCCAGCUGCAGCGGCUACCAGACUACUGGAUGCCCUUUGCGGUCGGCAAACGACGAUGUCCGGGAGAGAGCCUGGCUCAGGUGGAGUUUCUAAUGUUCUUCACGGCGGUAUUGCGGAAUUUUCGUCUGCAGCUGCCGGGCGGGCCGCAGUCUGCGGAUCUGCGCCCGGUGCCAGGCGCCACGUCCGAAACGGUUUUGUAUUCGUUAGUGGCCAUUCCGCGCUCGUGAUGGCGUGCCUUGUCAGACCUGCUUAAAGCUGCUUGCUUUUAAUACAAGUUAUACUUGCACGUAUGUUACAAUUUCAGUAAUACCACCGACCGCCGUUAUGCCUAUAAUUUUUAAAAUCAUGGACUUACGACGUGUGAAAUCAUUUUGACGGUUUUUCCAAUUAGCUUAAACACUACUCUAGGUAACGCACGCAUAGCCGGCUGUGAGUUGGCUUUUAUACCGGUUACUGCAUUUGAUCUCACGGUUUCAUCAUGGUCGUCUGGCCCUCUUGCUAACAAGUAACUACAUUUUUUAAUGUUUUAUUUUGAAUCACUCUAUUUACUCAGUGCCCAUCAGCGCAGGCAUAAUUAUGUGAUGUGUAUAAUUGUAGACUUGUAGUCGCUAUUGUUGAAUAAAAAGAAAAACGUCG